AUGAGAUCCACAAAGAAACAUGCUACUACACAUGCAGAAAAUUCAUUUAAAUUGUCAGUUGGAUAGAUAAUAGCAUAGAAAUUUAAAUUAAUAGAUAAAGUAGGUUAAGGGAGUUUUGGUAUGAUUUUUAAGACAGAAAAUUUGGAGACAGGAGAUAUAUUUGCAACAAAAUUUGAGAAGAGAGAGGAGAAUUAAAAUGGAAUGAGUUUAUUAGUUAGAGAAAUAAAAGUAUUGAUAGAGGUUUAAGAAUUUGAAGGUAAUAUACAAAUUGAUUAAGGUUUUCCAUAGAUUGUAUUUUAUGGUAGAGAUGAAC